AUGAGGCUGUACUCGCGAAUCUCCCAGCACCAUUACUCCAUCCUGUCCCAAGGUCCUGGUCCUGUCGUUUGGCUGGUCACCUGUCUCACCAAGCGCACUAAGAAGGUCGGCGUCACCGGAAAGUACGGUACCCGUUACGGUGCCUCGCUCCGUAAGACCGUCAAGAAGAUGGAGAUCACCCAGCACUCCCGCUACGCUUGCCCCUCGUGCGGCAAGAACGCCGUCAAGCGCACUGCCGUCGGUAUCUGGAAGUGCAAGGGCUGCGCCAAGCAGUACGCCGGUGGUGCCUACACCCUCGGCACGCCUUCGGCCGCCACUGUCCGCUCCACCAUCCGCCGUCUCCGUGACGUCGUCGACGCCUAA